AUGGAAGCAGCCGACCCAAAUAACAAUCUCACAAUUACUUCACCCUCCACACUCUUGUCGAAUCCAACGCAGCCACCCGCGCAACCGUUGAAGCUUCGUGACAGCUGCCAUGCAUGUGCCUCUUCAAAAGUCAAAUGCCACAAGGAAAAGCCAACAUGUUCGCGCUGCCGAAAGCGCGGAAUCACCUGCGAGUACUUUGCACACAGGCGUCCUGGACGAAAGCAGGAGAAUCGUGCAAAAGACACGACAAAUCAUGUCGAAAGGCAAGAGAACACAACAGCAGUCGAAAUGCUGGACCUAAACUGGCCGGCGCCGGAUUUCUCCACUCAAACAUCCAUUGCCAACGACAACUUGGACGUUUUCCACGAUAUCUUUGUACCUCCAGACCAAUUAAAUAAUGGUCUGACCGAUUUUACCAUCGACUUUGAUGAUUUCGAUAUCCAGUCAGAUCCCGCCGAAAUAGCUUCGCUGCCCGACACUUCGAGUUUAGAGUCCAUGUUUGUCACGUCUCCGACGGCCCCCACGGAUACGAUCACCCCCAACGUGAUCACCCCCAACGUGGGAUUGUCAGUUCUAGAGGGCUUACCUGACACUACACACCACACGCAAGCCAUCAAUCUUGCAAGCUACAUCCAAACACCGCCGACAGAGAAAACUCCUGACUCUCGAAUCAAACAUCUUGAAGAGAACAAAGAUCCAUGCAUGACGCGAGCCUUGAGCUUUUUGACGCAGCUUUCCGAAAGCACGUCGAGAAUAUGCAAAACCUCCGAGACUGGAUGCUCGGGGACCAAUAAGAAGAGCCUACCAGAAUCUCUUGAUGGCAUCAUUGCAGAAAACAGGAGACUCCUAGAAGCCAUGAGCAAUAUUCUUCAGUGUCGAUGCUCAGAGGAUGACGACCUGCUGUGUAUACAGGCGAUAGUCGCUUCCAAAAUACUGAACCUCUAUGCAUCGGCAAUUGAGAUCAAGCCAAGUCCGGCCAGGGUCGGAUCAGGAGUCUCGACGCAUACUACAGCGGGCCAGUAUGAACCACAAGUCGAGCAGCAAUUAUCCACAAGAACACACCCGCAACUAGCCAGUGGGCGAGACCCCAUCCGCAUGGCGGCCCAAUCUGUCCUGGGCGAGCUACAUCGAGUCCAACGGCUGCUCAGCCAGAUGUUACAAAAGUCCAAAGACAAUGAGACAAUGAGACGGAAAGGAAGUGAAAAUGGACUGCGCGCAGUCGCAGACAAGGUCCCGCUGACUUCGGGGGUCUCUUUUGGAUCUAUAGAGGCAGAUCUACGAUAUAAACUUGGUAAACUAAGUAUAGAAAUUAUUACACUACUGCGGGGCGCCUAG